UAUGGCUGGUUUACCAUUAAGUGGCGAACUUGAUUUUGAAACGCUUGAACAAAUAAAAAUGCCUAGAUGUGGAAAUGACGAUAUUGGGAGAAUUAAUGAAAGAAGGAAAAGAUUUGUAUAUAUUUCUCGAUGGGAGGGAAAGUUGAAGGACGGAGAGCUACGACUAAAAUGGUUUUUGCAUAACUAUACACCUGAUAUUCCACGUGAUGAAAUUAGAAGAACAGUAAAUAAAGCAUUUAAUUUGUGGUCAUCACAGAUAACUCUAAAGUCUGUCGAGAGUUUAUCGCUUCAUUUUGAAGAAGCUGAAAGUGAAGAAAAUGCAGAUAUUACAAUUCUUUGGGCAGAGGGAGACCAUGGAGAUGCACAUAUGUUUGACGGUCCAGGGGAAGAUGGCAGCAAUAUUCUAGCUCAUACGUUUUAUCCUAAUUAUCAAUCGAAAGGUACUUUAAAUGGAGAUAUUCAUCUUGAUGAUUAUGAAAAAUGGCAUGUUGGAGUAGGCAAAGAGGGGGCUAGUUUCCCUCAUGUUUUGGUACACGAAAUUGGCCAUACUUUAGGAUUGGGGCAUUCCAAAAAGCGUGAAGCAAUAAUGUUUCCAAUUUAUCGAAAAGAACAACUUGAGAGAAUGCAAUUAGAUAUGGACGAUAAAUGUGCUGUUAAUUGGAGUUAUAUUGGUCCUAGUGAUUUAUGUCUUUAUAUGUGGUUAUUAGCUGAAGUUUUGCCUAAAAAAGUGGCGCCUAUAAAAAAUGAUGAAAAUGAUUAUGAAGAAGAAAAUGAAUUAAAAAAUGAAAAUAAUGUUAAUUGGUGGGCUGAGGAACAAAGAGGGAUUAUUACUAAAAUGCCAACUAAAUCAAAUUGUUAG